AUGUUCGCUGAGGGGAAAAACGUUAUGGGGUGUAUUGUAUGCCAUAGCCUGCUGGACCGUCCACCAAGUCCGUCAUAUCUCCUCCUUCCUUUCUCUACUCCUAGUUUCUAUUUUCUUCUUAUAUAUCUAACAAAUUUUCCUUUGGUACCAACCUCUCUCUAUCUCUCUCUCUCUCACACACACUGUUUCCUUUUUCUCUAUUUAAUCUCUUAUUUUUCUUUUUUGUUAACUCUAUGUAUUUUUCUGCUUUUUUUUUCUCUGACUUUUUUCUUGUUUUCAAUUUUUCACUGUCUUUUUGUGUUUGCCUGUUUUCCUCUGAGUCUCUCCCUUUUCUUUCCUGUCUGUGUUUUUCUCUCCCUUUUCUUUCCUGUGUGUGUUUUUCUCUCCCUUUUCUUUCCUGUCUGUGUUUUUCUCUCCCUUUUCUUUCUUGUCUGUGUUUUUCUCUCCCUCUUCUUUCCUAUCUGUGUCUGUCUCUUAUCUUUCUUUCUCUGUCUACCUCUUUCUCUCUAUCUUUUUUCUCUACUUGUCUGUCCAUCUCUCUCUGCUUUUCACUCCUUGUCUGUUUCUGUUUAUCAUUCUAGCUGCUUUUUUCAUUUUUUUUUCUCUUUCUCUCUCUGCUUCUCUAUCACUCUUAUUGAUUUUCGUCCCCUCACAUUACAUCUUAGUUUCUGUCUACCUUUUUCAUCUAUAUAA